AUAAUAAUGUCUACCAAUAAUUCCGCAGACAACCUCAACCAACUUGGUGACAGCGAGCUUGGGAUUCCCUCUAUCCAAGUUACCACCGACUUAUCUACUCCACGGCUUACUCUGGCGUCGCCGCCAGACGUUGGGAGCUCGUUCUCAGACUCUUACUCUCCCCUGGGGAGUCCGCCAUACGAAUCUCGCUCGCGCUCUCCCUCAGAGCAGGGGUUGCUCUCGCCCGUCCCUAUCCUGCGCUCAGGACGACCGUCGUUGGACGUGCCGUCAUCACCGACGGGUUCCAGCUGGGGUUCUGACGGCUCGACGCAUGUGCCGCCGUCACCGACGCUUUCGACUGCCUCGUCUGUCCAUUUCGCCAACCAAACCACCCUGGCGCUGCGAGACAACAAUCCGUCUGAGCGCUCAGGACUUUCUUCCUUACAUCUUCUCUCCGUAAACGGUCACGGGCAUGGCCAUGCUCGCAAGAACAGUAAUGCCAGCACGCUCGACGGGAGUACGGAGGGCACAGAGCCCGACUCGCACUCCAUCGGCAUGGCCACCCUGGUCCCGACGCUCUCGCCGACGCCCUCCCAAACGUCCAGCGUCGGCGGUACGACCGUGCACGAGCACGAGCGCUCGUCAUCCCACUUGCAUUUCCAGGUGCCGGAAAGGAAAGACAAGGGGGAGGAACACGACGAAGCCGAGACCGAGACGGAGCGCCCUGUGCUCGACCUUACGCAGGACGAGGGUAUCGAUCCAACGCCCUUUGCGUUCAAACCAUAUCAGCUAGCGUCCUUGGUUGACCCGAAAAACCUUUCAGCUCUUACCCAGAUGGGCGGUACAGACGGGUUGCUCAAGGGUCUAGGAACACACCCUAAACACGGGCUACCGAUUCUUUCAGGAUCCUCACAUGUGGAUAUUGGGAAAGGGAAGAAGGUCGACGUACUGGGUGAUGGGCGGCCAGGGACAGGGACACCGCCGCCGGGUGCGGGAGAUGGGGCGUCGCAGCGUCACGACAGAAUAGCGGGCGACGCGGAGACAGGGGCGGUGCCGGGGAUCAUGGUUAUCGGCGAUGACGGCGAGGCGGAGGAAGCGAAGAUGGAGGGCUUGGAACCCCGGUCUGAGAUGGGACAUAUCGAUGCACACUGCGCGAGUCGCGCGACCCUGGAGGACCGUCAUCGCGUGUUCGGCGAAAACGUGCUGCCGUCGCGAAAAACGAAGUCGCUGCUCCAGCUAAUGUGGCUGGCGCUCAAAGACAAGGUUUUGGUCUUGCUAUCCAUAGCAGCGAUCGUCUCGCUGGCGCUAGGUUUUUUCCAGGAUUUCGGCACACCGCGGCCGGCCGACGAACCACCCGUGGACUGGGUAGAAGGCGUGGCCAUCAUUAUAGCCAUCUUCAUUGUUGUCAUGGUCGGUUCGCUCAACGACUGGCAGAAGGAACGCCAAUUUCAGGUGUUGAACGAGAAGAAGGAAGAACGCGGCGUCAAGGUCAUCCGUGGUGGCGUCGAACGAGUCAUUGAUAUUCAUGAUGUCGUCGUUGGCGACGUCGCCUUGGUUGAGCCCGGUGAGAUCGUCCCGUGCGAUGGUGUCUUCCUUUCGGGCCACAACGUCCGAUGCGACGAGUCGGGUGCGACUGGUGAAUCUGACGCUAUCCGUAAGCUCAGUUACGAAGAAUGUGUCAGAGCACACGAGAAAGGCGAUGCGUCUGCACACGCGGAUUGCUUCAUGGUUUCUGGCAGCAAAGUCCUGGAAGGGUACGGCAGCUAUGUUGUCAUCACCGUCGGCACGAAGAGCUUCAACGGUCGAAUCAUGAUGGCGCUUCGCGGCGACACGGAGAACACCCCUCUGCAGCUCAAGUUGAACGACCUCGCUGAGCUCAUUGCGAAGCUCGGAUCUGCAGCCGGCCUCUUACUCUUCACGGCCCUCAUGAUCCGCUUUUUCGUGCAGCUCGGGACUAACAACCCCCAGCGGACUUCGAACCAGAAGGGCAUAGCUUUCGUCCAAAUCUUGAUUAUCUCUGUCACUCUUAUCGUCGUCGCGGUGCCUGAAGGCCUCCCUCUGGCCGUCACGCUCGCGCUAGCCUUCGCGACAAAGCGCAUGACCAAGGAAAAACUUCUGGUUCGCGUCUUGGGCUCGUGCGAGACGAUGGCAAAUGCCUCUGUCGUAUGCACCGACAAGACCGGUACGCUCACGCAGAACGAGAUGACUAUAGUCGCCGGUUCGCUCGGCAUCCACUGUAAAUUUGUCCACCAGCUCGAGCAGAACAAGUCGCGGACGAACGCGGGUGAGGAAGCUGGUGUAAGGCCCUCGGACUACGCACGGCGCAAACAUGCGGAGGACUUCAGCAUUGACCAGACGGAGCUUAACCACGUUCUGAGCGACUCACUGAAAGAGUUGCUGAACGCCUCCAUUGCGAUCAACUCUACUGCCUUUGAAGAUGAGCAUCCCGACACCGGCGCGAUGGUCUUCGUCGGCUCGAAGACUGAGACGGCGCUACUCAAUUUCGCGAAGGAGAACGGGUGGGCAGACUACAAGAAGACACGCGAAGAGGCAGCCAUCGAGCAGAUGAUCCCGUUCUCGAGCGAACGCAAAGCGAUGGGCGUCGUCGUCAGACUGCACGGCGGACGCUACCGCCUGUUUCUCAAGGGCGCAUCGGAAAUCCUCACAAGGAUGUGUACGCGGCAUAUUGUCGUCGCCAACCCGAACGGCACGCCGCAGCUUCACGACGACAUCGAGACCCGCGAGAUUGACGAGCUUGCCAACGAAAACAUCCAGCGGACAAUUAUCUUCUACGCCAACCAGACACUCCGUACGAUCGCUAUAUGCUACCGCGACUUCGAGUCUUGGCCGCCGAAAGGCGUGCAUGUUCAGCUCAAGGAUGAGGUUCCGUAUGACAUUUUGGCCCAGGACCUGACGCUCAUCGGCAUCGUUGGUAUCGAGGACCCGCUUCGUCCCGGCGUACGCGAUGCCGUUGCGAUGUGUCAGAAAGCAGGCGUUGCCGUCAAGAUGUGUACUGGCGACAACGUGCUCACGGCUCGUUCCAUCGCUUUGCAAUGCGGUAUCUACACUGCUGGCGGUAUCAUCAUGGAAGGCCCGGUGUUCCGUCAACUCAACGACCCGGACAUGCUGGAACUCGUACCCCGUCUUCAGGUUCUUGCUCGUUCGUCUCCGGAAGACAAGAAGCUGCUCGUCGAAAAGCUUAAGGAGCUGGGCGAAAUUGUUGGUGUUACCGGCGACGGAACAAACGAUGGCCCCGCGCUGAAGACUGCUGACGUCGGUUUCUCCAUGGGUAUCGCUGGUACGGAAGUCGCGAAGGAGGCGUCCGACAUCAUUCUCAUGGACGACAAUUUCUCGUCGAUCGUCAAAGCCAUCAUGUGGGGACGUUGUGUGAACGACGCGGUGCGCAAGUUCCUGCAGUUCCAGGUCUCUACGAACAUCACGGCCGUUAUCAUAACUUUCGUCUCUGCUGUCGCGUCGUCAGAGGAAGAGUCGGUUCUCUCGGCUGUCCAGCUGCUCUGGAUUAAUAUCAUCAUGGAUACUUUCGCUGCGCUAGCCCUCGCGACAGACCCAGCUUCGGAGGCCUCUCUGGACCGCAAGCCGGACAAGAAGACGACGCCACUGUUCACUGUGGACAUGUACAAGCAAAUUCUGGGCCAAUCUGCAUAUCAGACUAUCAUCACUUUAAUAUUUCACUUCCUUGGUGCCAGAAUCCUUGGCUUCCACCCGACAUCGGAUUCCACCUUGCAGAACAAGUACGACAAGACUGUGCAGACACUUGUCUUCAAUAUUUUCGUCUUCGCGCAGAUCUUCAACUCGAUCAACUCCCGUCGCCUCGAUAACAAGCUCAACAUCUUCCAGGGUGUUCUGAGAAACUACUAUUUCAUUGGGAUCACGUUGCUUGAGAUCGGUGUCCAAAUCCUCAUUGUCUUCGUGGGUGGUGCCGCUUUCCAGGUUACCCCCGUCGGUGGUCGCGAGUGGGGAAUCUCCCUCGCUCUCGGCGUCGUUUCUAUCCCCCUCGGGGCUUUGCUCCGUGCGAUCCCUAAUGGUCCCGUCGAACGUCUCUUUAUCAAGCUGCGGCUGCUGCCUCGGCCUGAGCUCCUGCCGACAUCACACGAUGUUGAAUGGAACCAAGCGAUCGACCUCGUCCGCGAUAAUCUGAGCACCUUCUCGCACGUACGCGGGGCUCGCAUGCGGGCAUCAUCCUACGUUGACAGAAGUCGCAAGGCUCGUACGCAGCCGCAGCAACAGGUCGCUAUGUCGUCGCUUAUGAUGAUGGUACCGACACUGGUCGCUUCAUCUAUCGGUGCGGGCUGGCACCCACAAUCCCCCCAGGGGCUCGAUGAUCCCGCCCAUUUCGACCCUUCGAAGUCUUCCGCCGCGCUGUGGGAAAACAAGAUACAAAUACAUCCAGACACGAAACCCGACGACCCUGCAUUCAAGAAAUGGGGUCACUUGAAACAACAAUGACGAAGCUUGUCUCCAUCUUUCUCUCACCUGUCCCUCUCUUAGUCUCACCCAGUCUCACUCAUCCUGGAUGCACUCUCUUCCCCAUUUACCCCACUGCUUUACAUCUGCAAUACCCUUCUGUUUCACAUAUCGUACUCCUGUCGCAUCCAGCCUUCUCUCUAUCUACUCUCUUUGUGAAGCGUACAGUCAACACAAUGUAGUAUCAGCUGUACGCGCAUGUUCAGAUCUUACUCUCCACAUCCUAUCCUCUCGAGUGCAGCUGGCCGCAUAGACAUAUCAAGUCGAAUAUAAUAAGAAUCGUUUCUCAAUAAUC